UGAAAUGUCAGAUACAUUAACAAGGCAUUUGAGAACUUACAUUAGAGAAAGAGUGACUAACCAAUCAAUGAGAGGUAGAAUUACAAGAAAUCGAGAAUGGGGACUUGGAUUAACACUUUUAGAUCGAGAUAAUCAAAUACAAUUAUUCAUCCCACUGGAAAGAGUUCUUGAUGCUGAGCAAGCUGAUGAUGCGGAGGAAGAAGAAGUAAGUGACACUGAAUCAAGUGAAUAUGAGGAACCUGUUAAUCAAAAUGUGAGAAAUUCAACACCAAAUGAUAAUAACAGAGAAAUUUUAGUAAAUGAAAUGGAAAGUGAAGGCGAAAGUGAAAGUGACAUCAAUGAACGUGAUACUGAGGAAGGUUCAGAAGAAACUGAGCGUUUAAUAUAUCGAACAAGACUUGAAGAGAGACUUGCAAAUCUUUACAAUAAGGAGACUGCGUUCUUUCGAGUAAUAAGGACGCGAGAUGAAUAUGAAAAAGGACUGCCAUCUGGUGUUGAACAUAAAAUUCCAGCGGCUGCCUCAACCCAUAAAUUUUUACUUCUAAGAACAGCAAACUUUGUUCGACUUUCUGAUCUUUCAAGGAUGGCAAUGGCUUUUCCAGACAUGAAGUCGAAGGAUGCACGGAUUGCAACUUUUGCAAGUCAUGAUGGACAUGUAAUUAAAGAAAUAACCCCAGAAAAAUAUGCAGAAGCGGGUUUCUUUUCUUACGGUGAACAUGAUGCAGUAACAUGUUACUAUUGCGCUGGAACAAUAGCAAAUUGGCUACCAAACGAUGAUCCUUGGAAUAUUCAUGCACAUCUUUUUCCGGAUUGUAUGUUUGUGUAUUUGAAAAGAGGCAAAAACUUCAUCAAUUUACAAGUUGCUAGAAUUCAACCUGUUUCUUCUUAUGAACCAGCAAAACCAGUCGAUGAUGACAAAUCACGUUAUGAGUGUCUUUUAAUGCAAGUGAAAAGCAAGAUAAUGUCAUUAACUUGGAAAACAAUUUUACCAAUUGCUGUUGACUCUAGUUUGAAAAUAUCGUUAGGUUUAGGUUAUAAGCCCGAUAAUGAUUUCGUUUGUGCUCGCUUCAACAUACGUCGAUAUGUUCAAAAUUUCCCAACACAAAACGGAGUAGUAGUCGCUGCCAAUGAACUCAAAGUCAUCUACAAUUAUUUCAAAGAAGUUGCUGCUGAUAAUUGCCAAGAAGAUGUGAAAUACGGUGCUUUAAUGGUAUCUCGACCAACUGUAAUCAAAGAUAAUCGUGAUGCUUCCGAUUUUGAUCAUGAAAACUUCAUCAAGAGAAUCGUUGAUAAUUAUCGUCAUCAUGCAGAGAAAAUAAUCAAUAACGUUUUGACUCCACUUGACAUCAUCGAUUACUUUGCUAAGGAUAAAUUUUUGAAUAGAGUUACUUACACAAACUCAUUAGAUGUCCAUCAUGCAAUUGAAAUUAUGAAUGAUAAAGAAUACAAAUCUUUGUUAUUGUGUUUACCUCAACUAAUAACUCGAUUUAAUGUUGAUUUUUAG